AUGGAUUCCCCUGCGUUAAAGAAAUCGAAGGACGACGCGAAGUACCUGCCCAACAAGAUCGCCACCAAGGAGAAUGCAGCAAGAGUGGACGCGUCUCCGCCAGUGUUCCAGCUGCUCGAGGCGGUCCACACCGCGACCGAGCCUGCUAAAGGAGAUUGUGUCGUAUACUGGAUGAGGAUGGAGGACAUGAGAAUCAGAGACAACCGCGCUCUCGCCCACGCGUCUGCGCAGGCGCAGAAAGACGGUGUCCCGCUCCUCGCGCUAUUCGUCCUGAGCCCGCAAGACUAUGCAGCGCACGACCGAGGGGCGCGCAGGAUUGACUUCACGUUGCGAAUUCUCGAGAAUAUCAAGUCUGAGCUGGCGAAGCUAGACAUCCCACUGUACACAACCUCUCACUCCCCGCGCACCAAGAUUCCCAGCUUCAUACACGACCUCCUGCUGCAGUGGAACGCGUCGCACCUCUUCGGCAACAUCGAAUACGAAGUCGACGAACUCCGCAGGGACCUCGCCCUCUGCCAGAUCGCGAAGAAGCACGGCAAGGUCGCGUGUCUGUUCGGACACGACAAGUGCAUCAUGCCGCCGGGGGAUGUCAGAACCAAGGACGGGCGCGGUUAUACUGUUUACUCGCCUUUCCUCCGGUCCUGGGCACCACUUCUCGAGAAAGCGUCUUCCCACCACCUCGACGAGCUCCCGCUUCCGAAAGCAAACAACCCCUCCGUGCGCCAGCAUCCCGUAUUCGCAGCCUUAUUUAAGAUAGAGGUGCCCCGGGAAGUUACAGGAUUCUCCCUUGGCCCCGAGGAACGCGAGCGGAUCUCAACAUUCUGGCAUGCCGAGGAGCAGGCAGCACACGAGAUGCUCCGCCGCUUCCUGAGCACCGCAGCCCGCCCGACCCAGUUCGGCGCGGUCGAUCCUCUGACACACGGGGCACAGGACGUCGACCCGACAAAGAAAAGUCGCCUGGCAAAGUACGGCGACGCGCGCGACCGCAUGGACGCAGACACGACGAGCCGGCUCAGCCCGUACCUCUCCGCAGGGGUGAUCUCCGCCCGCGCGUGCGUCCGCGAAGCCCUCAAGGCGUCCGGCAAGAAGAAGCUCGACGUCAGCCGCGACACCGGCGUCGGGCGGUGGAUCCAGGAGCUCGCAUGGCGGGACUUCUACACGCACAUCGUCGCGCUCUUCCCGCGCGUGUCGAUGGGGCGGCCGUUCCAGGAGAAGUACGCGGGGGUGCGGUGGGAGACUAACCCUGAGCACCUGCAAGCGUGGAAGGACGGCCGGACGGGCGUGCCGAUCGUCGACGCGGCGAUGCGCCAGGCGAACACGAUGGGCUGGAUGCACAACCGCGCGCGCAUGAUCGCGGCGAUGUACCUCGUCAAGGACCUCAUGAUCGACUGGCGGCUCGGCGAGCAGUACUUCAUGGAGGUGCUGAUUGACGGCGACCUCGCGUCGAACAACGGCGGCUGGCAGUGGAGCGCGAGCACGGGCGUCGACCCAGCCCCAUACUUCCGCAUCUUCAAUCCAUAUACGCAGAGCCUCAAGACUGAUCCUGGAGGCGAGUACAUCCGACACUUCGUAUCCGAGCUAGCGAAGGUCAGGGGUGCAGAGGUACACAACCCUCCACCGGCUCUGGCGGAUAGGUUGGGUUACCCGCGAUCGUUGGUAGACCACAAGGAGGCCAGAAACCGCGCGAUUCGGCGUUACAAGAAUAUCGGAGAGGAGUAG